CCGUAAAAUAGUAACUCAACCAACAAAAGUUAUUCACCAUAGUACUUUUACUUAUUUCCACUCCAAAUUUUAAUUAAACUUACAUUGUAAAUUUUUUUAAUUUUACUUUCUUACAUUACAUACAUCACUUAUUGUUGCAUCAUCUUUUUGAAGAUGGAUUUUUGUGUCGAGUUUUUUCCACAAUUUGGAAUAAACAAUGAAAAAAUUAUCAAAUUUCCUCGAACAUCACGAUUCAAAUCCUUCUCUUUGUUUGACUUUCCAUAUCAAAACCCAAUGGAUUCUCUGUAAAUAUCCCUCUCAUUGUUUCAAACACAAAAAACAGAGACCCAUUGAGUUCUUCUUUAGCAAUGAUCAGAUUCCUCCUCCUCGCCGCCGUCGCCGCCUUCUUCGGCGGCGCCAUCAUCCCCGUACGGUGUCUGCAAUUCAACUUCCCACUUUUCACCGACGAAAACCAGGAGCUCAUUCUUGAAAACAACGCUCGAAUCUUUCUUAACGCUAUUCAAGUCACGCCGGACGUCAGAGGAGCUCCGAUCACCAAUGAAUCCGGCAGAGCCGUUUACAAAGACCCGUUUCUUAUAAGAAACAGAGACAAAAUCGCAUCUUUCAACACUACAUUCGAAAUCAUCAUCAGCCCACAGACUGCCCCGGUCGGCGGCGAGGGGUUGGCUUUCAUUCUCGCCGCCAAUCAUUCAGCUCCCGCCGAUAGCUAUGGCCAGUGGCUGGGAAUUGUUAAUGCUGCCACAAAUGGAACCCCAGAGGCUAAAAUUAUAGCGGUUGAGUUCGACACCAGGAAAAAUUACCCAGAAGAUAUUGAUAGCAAUCAUGUGGGUUUGGAUUUGAACGGCGUCUUUUCGAUUGAACAAAGGCGAAUGUCGGAAUUUGGAGUUAAUCUUUCAUCUGAGUUAUCUGUUUUCGCCAUGAUUCAAUACGAUACGAAGAACAUCUCUGUUUUUGUUUCCAUGUCGAACAAAACAGAGGAUCUGUUGAAAAACCGCGUCAUUUUUCAGCCAUUAAAUCUCUCAAUUCUUCCAGAUGAAGUUUAUGUUGGAUUCUCAGCUUCCACCAGCAAUUUCACACAGUUAAACUGUGUGAAAUCAUGGCAAUUCAACGGAACUGAUAUCAGCGAUAACAACAGAAAAAACCGCCUCUGGAUUUGGCUGACAGUCGCCGGAAUUGGGGCUCUGUUAAUCUGUGGGGCUGUUUUCGGAAUCAUCUUCCAUUUCUGUACAAGGAAGAGGAGAUUAAAUCAUCCAGAAGAAGCAUACGAAGGCAUAGAACAUCAACUUCAAGAUUUCUCCAUAGCCCCACGAGCUCAAAAAUAUGAAUUCAAAGAACUGAAGAAAGCCACAAACAAUUUCGACCCGAAGAACGGCCUUGGGAAAGGCGGUUUCGGAACAGUUUACAAAGGAAAUUUAAUGAACAGAGAAGUAGCAGUGAAGAGAAUUUCAAAGGAUUCACGUCAAGGGAAGCAAGAAUUCAUAGCAGAAGUUGCAACAAUCGGUAGCCUUCAUCACAAAAACCUUGUGAAAUUAAUAGGAUGGUGUUAUGAAAAAAGAGAUCUUCUUCUUGUUUAUGAGUUCAUGCCAAAUGGUAGCUUAGACAAGCUAAUAUUUGGCAAUAAACUUGGUGGAAAUGAAAUUAUCCCAAACUGGGAAACAAGACAGAACAUAAUCUGUGGAGUAGCCGAAGCAUUAGAUUAUCUUCACAAUGGUUGUGAGAAAACAGUACUACAUAGAGAUGUGAAGUCAUCAAACAUAAUGUUGGAUUCGAAAUUCGAAGCAAAGUUAGGCGAUUUCGGGUUAGCUCGAACGAUGCGACGAACGGAACAAACGCAUCAUUCGACGAGGGAGAUAGCCGGGACGCCGGGGUAUAUGGCACCAGAGAUAUUCUUAACAAGUAGAGCAACAGCAGAAACAGAUGUGUAUGCAUUUGGAGUAUUGGUUUUGGAGGUAAUAUGUGGGAGAAAGCCAGGGAAUCCAUUGGAUUUAGGGAGUUAUGAUGGGAGUAUAGCACAUUGGGUAUGGGAAUUCCAUAAAGAAGACAAGCUUGUUGAAGCUGUUGAUGAAAGUAUUGAAGGGCAAUAUGUUGAAGAAGAAAUAGAGUAUUUACUGAAAUUGGGAUUGAGUUGUUGCCAUCCAAACCCACUUCAAAGGCCAAGUAUGAGAAAUGUUUUGGCAGUGCUCAAAGGAGAAGCAAAUCCACCAAUUUUGCCUAAUGAAAGGCCUUCAUUUGUUUGGCCUCCUAUGCCACCAUCAUUCAAAGAAGAUAAUGAUACCUCUCUUAAAGACAGCCAACUUGUUCCAUUCACAGAACUUUCUGGAAGAUGAUCAUAGAUUUUUUCCAUCAAAGGGGUGUUUUUUUAUUUAUUUGUAGAAUGUAAAAGGAAAGUGUACCUAUUUAAUUUUUUUAAUUUUUUUUUUUUGGAACUAAAUGUAUCUUAAAUGUUAAUGGUAGACAGUGUUUAGAUCCAAUAGGUUAUAUUACUUGUGUAUGCCAGAAAUGUACAAAAGAUUGUUAUUCUUCUCUUAAA